AUGGCCCACCAGGGGCUUAACCUGGCUCCAUCCUCAAGACAGGACAUUAUCAGCGCUUUGCUGAAUGACUAUGGCAGCUCGUUCGACGAUGGUAAUAAUUCGCCUUACAAGAUGUCGCCGGCACCAGCUUUCAAAGAACUUCCACCUUCGCCGCCGCCUGAAAGAGCAAGCGCACGGGAUUAUAGUAAUGAUAAAGCGUCUCAUGCAUUUCGAAAGAUGAACACACCCUUCCAACUUCGGGGUAAGCAAUAUCUCUGGCAUUUUGGUGGAGGUUACACGUGGCUUGGAUACACCAGCGUCGCCCGACUCACCCGAUGGGUCGAGCUCUUCAGAUGGUUCUCCAUCCAGAAUUGUAUCCAAACGCCUAAAGCGAAGAUCGGUACCACGCUCCUUGACAUUGACCCCGAGCUGCCCAGUGCUCCAAAGAUUGCUUCGCAGCCUGAAACGCAAAACCCAUUUACUGCGCCAGCAGACGAGAAGGACCUUCCUCCGCCACCCCCGGAGAAAUCUACGCGUCGACAGCAGUCGGCGAUGGGCAAUCAGAGCUCAACAGUGCGGUCUCCACGAAAGGAUUCGCUACAUUCGCAAGACGGUAAAGACGAUAUGGAACCGGUGAGGAGGAAACCCUUACCAAAAUUCACGUCUUUGGCGGAUUUAGGUAAUGGUCCUCGGGGUGGUAAAGGUGGACCUCUGCCUCAACCGCGCGCUCGAAAGCAAAGUUUGGAGGAUACGGAAGACGAUCGCGGAAGAACCAUGGUACGAAAUGAUGGUGCUGAAACGGUGCCUCGUGAAAAUGCACCUCCAAAGCUAAGAGAACAGCCUACUCCAAUGGUUGCCCCUCGAAUUGUCAAUCCUCUCCCACCAACACCCAAAGACGAGUCCGUCGCCGCGGCUCCGAUUCCAUCAAAGAAGCCGUUCGGAGGAAUGGGACUCCCAUCCAAUCCCAAGCAUAAGAAGGGCAAAAGCGACACAGGCUUCGACGUCUUGAAAAGCGCGACGUCACCGCGUGCGCCACAGCACCAACAGCAUCCAGCACCGCAAACCAUCACCCCUGGCCCCACUCCUCCCCAACCAAAACCGAAAACAUGCGAGAUGAGGGAAUUGUGGAUCAAACUGGGUUAA